AUGUCACUCAUUCAACGAUCAGCCCUGAGGCGCUUGCCAAAGCCAUCCGUCACAAUCGCACACCCGACCCGGCGGACAUUUGUCGGAGCGACCUGGGGAGCCCUUGUGAACACUGUCGCUGAUGGCAUAUGCGCAGUGCAUCACGUCGGUCUCCCGUGGUACAUGACGAUACCGCUUGUGGCUGCCACAGUCAACUUUACCGUCCGUCUCCCGGUGCAAUACUACGCCCGCCAAGCGCGCAACAAGUAUGCCCAGGCUAUGCCAGUCGUACAGGCGUGGGAGCGGCUUCGCGUCCGCAAGGCCAUGAAGAAAAUCGACCCUUCCUCGCCCGAUGCGCAGAAACAGAGCACAUUGGCACUGUCUCGUGCGAAAGCAGACAAUGCACCCACGAGACGUCGGAUCUUCAGGGCCGUAGGCUGCCAGACAUGGAAACAGUUCAUACCGCCCGUCACCGUGGUGCCGUUCGUCAUGUUGUCGGAUGCCCUGCGGCGCAUCAGUGGCGUCCAACUCUCGGCCAACAGCGAUAUAUCUCGCUUUGACUCUUCUCUCAGCGACGGGGGCUUGGCCUGGUUCACGGACCUCUCGGCUGCAGAUCCGUACUAUGCUCUGCCCGUCGCGUGCGUGGUUGCCUUGGGGUCGUCUACGUGGAGGAACCGAGACGUGUGGAACGUCUUCUUGAGCCGCGACAUCGAAGCACCAACGCUUAGGAAAGGGUGGAGUGGGCUGCAGCCCGCAUUUCAGCGUCUCCUACUCUUGGUCCCUUUUUGGCCGCUCUUCGCCGGCCUGAAUAUGCCCAGCUCCAUCCUACUGUACUGGGUCUCAAGCUUCAGCCUCACCCACGUGAACACCUGGAUUAUGGACCGGUAUAUCCCCAAGCCGGAGCAGCCGCUGCAGCCGAUCAAGCGCACAGAGCUCUCGUCGCCGUUCAUGCAUGCGAGCACCAUGGAUCGGACACUUCAGUCGGCGUCCACGAGUCAGAUCCCGAAAUAG